CGCCGCACCAACCAGAAAUCAAAUUCACUUACCAUUUCAAAAAGUCAGCCAACCACGCACGCCAAUAUACGCAGAAAAACAAUUGCAUUGAUGACUUUUUUUUUAUUUUGUAUUACAAUUAGAGUGUAGAGGAAAGAAAGACUAAGCAAGAAAAACAUCAGUCCAGGACAUGGUGCAAUACGUCUUCACGCCGUGGAAGGACCGGGGCGAGCUUCUCCAGGUUCGCCGGCAAUUCUUCCCCCAGCAAGUCUCGCAGCACACGAUCACAUCCCCGUCGGGAAAUGCUGCUGCCGCCGGGACCGCCGCCUCCUCCAGCUUCAGCUGCAGCUCCAGUUCCAGCUCCAGCAGCAGGCGGGACAAGAAGAGCGCCGUGUCUCGCGUGUCCAUGUGGAUGCAGCGCGGUGGCUGCCCACACAUGGUCGAGUCCACGGCCCUCUUGAUCGCCGCCAUGAUCGCAGACGAGGAGUCGAUGCUACUGACAUCUGGCAAGGACGCCACCGAUUCCAACUCUUCGUAUGCCGUGCGCGCCUCCUACUCGGCCGCAUUCAGUCGCUUCGUAACAGGGCUUCUUGACAGCCACCAGGACAAGGCACACAAGAUGAGCAUGUACUCGGUGGCCAAGACCAUUGGCCUACCGGCGACCUUUGUCGAGUUGCGGCACCAGGCCACACAUGAGCAGCUGCCCUCGCUGACCAGGCUACGUGCCGGCGCCCAGGCCGGUCUAGUUUGGAUCUGGGACUACUACUGGAAGCAGCUGUCGGCCACGGACGGGGACGAUGACCAAGUCCCGACCGUGACCGGUCGUAGUUUUGCUGCACCACAUGCAGAAGACGUACCACAGGCGACUGGCUCGGCGUGCAGAGAUGCACUGCGGCGUUACCUGGAUAUGGGGAAGGAUGACCUAGCGACUAUCGCCAGGUUUGUCCGAAGAUGGGGCAGGGCGAGAGUCCUCAGCGUACUGGACGCGAUUGGUGACGAGGCGGGGUCGUCUCAACCGAUGGAUAAUAGGUUGGUUUUGGGGACUCUGAAGCUGGCCAGGCAGGUCACCGAGAUGGAACAGGCACGAGACAAUGACGGCAGUGCAGAUAUCGUUGAGGAUGCAGAUGCGCCGAGGUCUGACCUGGACCAGGCUUCAGUAGAGAUGCAAGGCGACACGGCCGAUGCCAUGGUCACAACAUCUCAAGAUGGCGAGCAGGCGGGUGGCUGGAAUCGCCCUGAAGGCUCGUGGCGGCAAAAGCCGAUAGGGGUUGUUUAGCUGGAGGAAGAACGGCGUUGUCUUAUUUCUGAUGCUAAUGUUACCUUGUACAUCAGACUAGGCUCUUGUCUAGUCCGGUUAAGACAGGUAUCGAGACCACUCAAGUUAGCUGCACGCAAUACUCCGCUAGAUUGCUAGAUGGUCCAGC